AUGCUCAUCUGCACAUGCAUCAGUCGCUUUUACCCCCUAAAGCAGAGACCUGCAAGGCGCCAACAUCUUUUUCUCCCUCUAUCUCUUUCUCUCCCUCUGCUUGAGCUAAGGGUGAGUCUGGGAACGAGUCAGCCACACGAUCUGGGAGUGCUUCAGUUUUUCUGGUUUGGAGGGCUCUUGGAAGCACUCAAUAAAUCGCGAGGACUCCAGGACUCGUUAAUAAUGCACCACUGGCUACCGACCUCUUCAUUGAAAUGCGCUUUUUGCAGACUUGCUUUUGCUUUUCUCCCCACCGGCGAGGCAGGCAGGAUGCAACAGACUUUGAAAGCAGCCAAGAAGACCACUGUUUUGUCUUCCACCGCAAGAAAUCAUGCCUAUCCACUCUUCACAAGUCACAACAGUACAACAUCUCACUUGGUCCAGCCGCCGCCAGGCCGUAAUGCGGCAAAUGGCCACUUUUCCCAGCAUGAAACACGUGUCCUCUUCCACUCUCAUUCUUUUUCUUGCUUUCAACCUCCUCCCACUCUUAAGGCAAGAUCUGUCUAA